AUGACGACGACAGGUGUGGCUGUUCGUGCGGCAGAUGGAGGAAAUGGCACGUGUCCAUGGGUGUUCCUGCAGGAGGCAUUUCACGAAAAUAUGAAUCUUUCUAUUUGUAAGAAAAGCAUCCUGCUUCUGUACUCACGACAUUCUACAACAGUAGAUGUAGGUGGAGCAGGAGUAUAUACACCUGCUAACGUUCUGACUAACGAGUCUAAUUGCCUAUUAUGUCUUCCCUCUCUACAGAAAGAAGAGUUUCGCGAUGUAAUCGCCUGGCAAGGCGACUACGGAGAGUUUGUCAUCAAAGAUCCGGACGAGGUGGCCCGCCUCUGGGGUAUGCGCAAAUGCAAACCCCACAUGAACUACGACAAGCUGAGCCGGGCGCUCAGGUAUUACUACAACAAACGAAUCUUGCAUAAGACCAAAGGCAAGCGCUUUACCUACAAGUUUAACUUCAAUAAGUUGAUCUUGGUAAAUUACCCCGUUCUGGAUGUGGACUGCGGGUAUUACGGUCCACAUUUCCCGACUUGCGAGGCCGCCAUGCAGUAUCCUCGUCCGAUGCCUACCCUCCCGAGCAAUGUCAUGAUGAUGGACGGGGCGGCAGCGCCGAUCCCACCGACGGCUCCCCAGGCUGUUCCCGCCCGCAGACCCCGCGGGUCCGUCAGCGACAGCAGCGAGGAGUCUGCCCCCGGAGACCAUACUGCAGAAGAUGGAGCCGCAGCUCAUGCCCGGCUGCACUACAACCACACCAUGUUGCAGGCACAUAUGUACGAUCGACAUCUUCAAAUGCAAGAAGCUCAACAGCAGAGCAUGUUCCGCCCCAAUCACCGCCCUCCUUGCCUCAUUCCAGAACCUCUCCGGCUUGGGCCUGCCUCAGAUCCCAUGGCCUUCCACCAGCUGCCUCGGGACCACGCCUUCCAAACACCCAAGAUCCACUCCGAAUCGCUGCCCUCGACGCCAUCGUCGCUGAGCGACUACUCCUCCUCCCCGCAGUGUUCCCCCAUGUUCGACACCGCCAGCGGCACUCGCUUCAGCUUCAACUUCAACUUUAACGCAGGGUCACCGUUUGACAGGAAGCCACACCAAGACCUGCGCAGCGCCUUCACGACUCACGUCCGAGUGUCCAGCGUGGAUGGAGAGGACAAAGCCAGACUCCAGGAAGUCUCCCCUGGACGCAUCACGAUCGACCCGACCAAGGAUGGAAGGCGUGAGCGAUCACCAGGAAGGAUACCUGGUCUGCUGAGCCCGCCUAGACCGAUGGAGAGGGUAAGGUCUAGAAGUCCGCAGAGAUUCGUCCCAAAAGUGGUGAAGACCGAGGAAGAAGAUGAGAAGUACACGAGGGGAAGCUCCUCCCAGUUCCUUGCGGUGCCUCGACUGCUGCCAAUGGUUCGACGUCACUCAGUGGACGGCUGCAUCACCAGUGAGAACAGCGAAGAAGGCGCGAGGGAUCGCAGGCAGCGGUGGUCAGUGAGCGACAUGCUGCCCGACACCGCCAAGGCAGUCGACCAAGAGAGUGCUCAGAACGACGAGGAGGGGAAGGACAAGUCCAUACCGAUCAAGCUGCGCUUCAAGAGAAAGUACAGUCAAAGCCAGGAGCAGCCUGAAGGGCAGGACGCCCCCGCCCCUGCAGCCGGGACCGCCCGAGUUGUUCGUCCAUGGCUGGAUGACGACGAGCGCGUGACGACGGUUCGGCCACGACCCCGCGCCUUCUCAACUCCCGCGGAACUCAGCAACCAAAACUCAAGCGCCGCCCAAGAAGAGAAACUACCGCCAUCAUCAACAGCGCCUUCGGCAGCGUCUUCAAUGGGUGAUCUUCGACGCGAAGGGUCUCACGAAGACUCUGUUCAGCAGGGGGAUGCCGCCCGGCCCCGGGCGGACAGACGGAAGAACCCCCACCCUCUCCACGUACGUGUGAAGGUUGAACAAGAGGAUGAACCCAUCACACCCUCCAGUCGUAACCUAGCUCACCACGUCCGACACUACCAGCCACAAAUCCUCAUCAAGGAAGAACCCGAGGAUCUAGACGACGUCUUCGCAAGUGAGUAACUGGUGGAUUCAAAGAGACUUUCUGCCCACAGUGGCCAGUUUUCGUUUCACCAGAAGUACCUACACAAGACUGGAAAUGCUCUACUGAUACUUAUCUGUGAUAAUGUGUAGAAGUAUGCUGUAUUGUGAUAUAAAUGAAAGCAUAAUAGAGAUGCAUCUGUGUUGAUGAGGUUUGAAUAACAUGUUUUGAAAAAUGACAAAAAAAUCAUUCCAUAUUUCUGUCUUGGCACCAAAUUUGACAGAUGUGAAGAGAGGCAGAGUGUGUAACACAAAUCUAGUCCUGGUUUUGUUUGUUGUUACUGCAUGGAAAGUCGCGGAUCAGAUCCUGUGUAAGAUUGACAUGAUAUUAUAUCCCUGAUUAGCUUACUUGGGGCCAAAGAUGAUGUAUCUAGACCAGUGCCUCACGAGAACUAUAUAUCUGUAAAAAGUACGUGUCCAUUGUAAUAAGUGAAGAAAACUGCAAGAUGUAACAGAAUCGCGCCAUGUUUAUGUUAUGAAAUGAUAUAAUAGACGUACCGUCCUUUACAGACAAUAGCGUGUUCAGUACCAUAGCCUGUAGAACCCUUUGAUUUUGAAGCCGUGGCGGUUAUCGCUGUCACAACCAGGAAACAAACAUGGGCGUUCCCGCCUUCCUGCAGACCUGCCGUGUCCGUGGCACAAACAGUUGUAAUGUUCUUACACAAUGUAGUAAUUGGGCAUGAUUUAUUCAUACCAGUUUUUGAUUCCAAUUUUUCUACCUGAACUACAGUUUGACGCCCUCAGGCACGGCCUUGCUAUUUGAUGCACGAAGAUCUGCAGACAGGACAUGUAUCAAUUUUAGAGUGGGUGAUUAGCUAAAAGCCUCUUCUGGCGGAUGGGCGUGGAUAGAGGAGCAUGUAUGUCCCGACUGUACAUUUGACUUGUAAGUCCGACCAGAUCUAGCAUCCAAAAGAGCCGCUGUCCUAAAGUUUACGAGAGUUGCUUCAAUAUUGACCUAGCAUUUCAGUCCGCGUCAACUGCCGAUAACCCUGUAUGACGAAGUUGUAAAUACGAAAUUUUCUCAAAAACACAUUAAUGAAAGUGUCCAAAGAUGUGGAGAAAGCAGGUAGAAGAAAAUUGAGCAGCUUUCUUGCCCGAACCAUUUGCAGGACCGUAACCCCGCAUUACAGGAUCAUGUAGUUGACAGGUUCUGACCCUGGUGGCAGGAAAGGACAAAGUCAGACAGAAAGAUGGCAACCAGGAAAUGGCCUUUUGAUCCGACGAUAAGCACUUUGCCGCGAAAGGCAGGCCCGUUAUGGAGCCAUCCCGAGUUGGUCGGAAAUGUUAUCCGCCGAUGAUGUAGCGGUGAUGGGGUCGUAAUACCAAGACGAGGUCGUAAAUGACUAAAAUGGUGUGCUCGAAUGUCCUGAACAUUAUCCAGUUGCAGAGGGCAACCUAUUUGUACGGCUGGUUUAUGGUAUUUAUCUCCAAAUGCCCCCGCUCAAUACGUAACAUUGCAUGGUGCCUUUCUACUCUUCACGCCUGUAUUUGUACAAAGUUGGAAACGUAAGGAAAUAUUACCAAAAAUGAAUGUUGUUCUCAAAAGCAGAAUUUCUAUUUGUAGAUGUUACUACAGAGGAAUCUUCUCCAUGUUUUACUUUUAGUUCUUUUUUUUUUGGUAAGCCUGAAUAUCACAGGUACUUUGUUGUAUUUACUCCAGAGAAAUGAUAUGUAUAGAGUCCUAAGUGAUGGUCAAGGAAGGUUCUUGAACUGUUUUUCAAACUAACUCCGUUUGAAGGACCUUUCUGGAUUCUAUGACUAUGUAUGUGUAGAAAUGGUUGGUUUUGUGGAGACUGUAGCCAGCAGAAGUGAAGUGGACCCGACCAUUCUAGCCUUUUGAUCAUUUCACUAGGUUUCUCAUUAGCGUAUCUCACGCAUGAUACGAACCACGGAAAUAGACUGAAAUGUUGAUGUGUGUCUUUGAGCGGCACUCAAAUGAUUUUGGUAUUGUAACAAUUUAUUUUGUAUAAAAGGGGCUGAAUCUUCCCCCCUCAAACAGACGAAUGGUCGUGUCCCAUUGUAGAGUCCCACAAUGAUUGAUGUGAAUACAUGUAUGAUUCCCUCUCGUGGUUCCUGUGCUUGUCGGUAAAAGUAAUGACAAAAGACGGCAAAGUUCGGCUCUAUCCAUAGGGCGAUUGACAAUCAUGUUGUGUCGUAGACAUGCACUUGUAUCCAACAGACGCCCGCUUUGUAGCUGUAUAACAACUAGGUCUAUUUGCUUUUGUGUUUUAUUUAUAGAGGGAAGGAAAAUAUUUGAAUGUAUACCUUAUACUGAUGAUGACUCCCUCAGGAAGGGAACUGAA